AUGGGUCCCCGCCGCCUGCCCGUCUGGCUGUGCGCCGUCGCGGCUCUGUUCUCAGGCGCGCUGGCCAGGGGCACCUCGCUGCUGGCGCGGCCCGCGGCGCCGGGGGCCUCCAACUACAACCUCUACACAGCGGGGUGGCGCCCGAGGCUGCGCCCGGGGCCGCACAAGGCCCUCUGUGCCUACGUGGUGCACAGGAACGUGACCUGCGUCCUACAGGCUGGAGCAGAGAGCUAUGUCAAGGCUGAGUACCGGCAGUGUGGGUGGGGCCCCAAGUGCCCUACGGCAGUCACGUACCGCACGGUGCUCAGACCCAAAUACAAGGUUGGCUACAAGACAGUGACAGACCUCGCCUGGCGUUGCUGCCCUGGCAUCACAGGAGAAGCCUGCCCUGAGCACCUCACAGACCACGGAGCCACCCCAGCCCAGCCAGAGCCUGAGCCCCAGAUACCCUCGGGGCAGCUCAGCGUGGGCCCCAGGCCCCCUCCUUACAGCAGAGUGACCCCCAGCUCCCACGGAAGGAAAGGGCUGGGGCUGUUUGGCGAGCGGCUGGAACGCCUUGAAAGUGAUGUCAAGCAUCUGACACAAGCAUAUGGUCCCCUCAGUGGCCUAGUGGCCAGCGAGAACGUCAACAGGAUGACAGGUGGCCCCAGGGCUCCUGCCUCCCCUGUGGGCUUUGGGGUCAUCCCUGAGGGGUUUGUGGGCCCGGGAGACAGAACCAGAGGACCGCUCACCCCUCCCCUGGACGAGGUCCUGAGCAAGGUGACAGAGGUGAGCAACAUGCUGCGGACCAAGAUGCAGCUGCUGGACGAGGUUCACGGGCUGGCCCUGGGCCACGAGGCUCACCUGCAGCGCCUGCGGGAGGCCCCGCCGUCCCCGCUCACCUCGCUGGCCCUGCUGGAGGAGUACGUGGACCGCCGGCUGCACCGGCUCUGGGGCGGCCUGCUGGACGGCUUUGAGCAGAAGCUGCAAGGGGUCCAGAGCGAGUGUGACAUGCGGGUGCAGGAGGUGAGGCAGCAGUGUGAGGAGGGCCAGGCAGCUAGCCGGAGGCUGCACCAGAGCCUGGAUGGCCGGGAGCUGGCGCUGCGCCGGGAACUCUCUCAACUGGGCACCCGCCUUCAGGGCCUCAGUGUGGCUGGCGGGGGCAGCUGCUGUGGCCAGCUGGCCCUUAUCAGUGCCCGAGUGGACAGCCUGGAGCGAAACCUACACAUGGUCACUGAGGGCCAAAGGAGUCCCAAAGCCCCCUCUGGGGGUGAGCUCACGCGGCUCUCUGCUGCCAUGCUCGAGGGCCUGGACACUCUCAAUGGGACAGAGAGUGGGGCACGGGGCUGCUGUCUGGGGGCAGAGGAGGGAGGAUGGGGUGUGGGAGGCUUUGGGGCCCUGUUGGAAGAGCGAGUGCAGAGCCUGGAGGAGCGGCUGGUGACACUGGCCGGGGAGCUGAGCCAGGACAGUGCCCUGCCGGGCAGGUCCACGCAGCCUCUCGUGCAGACGGAACUGGCCGUGCUGGAACAGCGGCUGGUUUCGCUGGAGACCUCAUGCGCCCCCAGCUCCAGCUCAGCCAUCCUGGACAGCCUCGUGACGGAGGUGAAGGCCUGGCAGAGCCGCAGCGAGGCCCUCCUGCGCCAGGUGGCCAGCCACGCGGCCCUGCUCCGGGAGCUCAAUGGCACCGUGGCUGAGGUCCAGGGGCAGCUGGCCGAAGCCUCAGGCAGCUCGAUCCAAGGCGAGAUCACCCUGCUCAAGGUGAACCUGAACUCAGUGAGCAAGUCGCUCACGGGCCUCAGUGACUCCAUCAGCCAGUACUCCGACGCCUUCUCGGCUGCCAACAUGUCCCUGGACGAGCGAGAGCGCAGGGUGGAGGCCGAGGUCCACGCCAUCCAGGAGCAGGUCAGCAGCCAGGGCUCGCGGCUUCGGGCUGGCCACAGGCAGGUCCUGAGCCUGCAGGGAGAGCUGGAGCGACUCAAGGCUGGUGUGGCCACUGUGGCCAGCGGGCUCAGCCGCUGCCAGGACACAGCCCAGGAACUCCAGUAUGCAGUGGACCACUUCGACCAGAGGGUGGCCCAGGUGGAGGGUGCUUGCGGGGGACUGGGCCUGCUGGCCGCGAGUCUGGACAACUCGUCCACUGAGCCGCUGAAGCCCAGGGAAGGCCUGUGGGGCCAUGUGGACCAGCUGAACCGUACGCUGGCCCAGCACACACAGGACAUCGCCCGCCUCCAGAGCGACCUGUUGGACUGCCAGGCCCAGCUGGCCGAGAGGGCGAGGCAAGGGCGAGCCAACUAG